CCUGGGAGUCAUCGACAGUCACGACACCCUCUCGCUGGCACAUUAGCCACUUAACCUUUCACCCUCUCGACAAGUCCGUCACUCCCCUUCUCCUUCCCCUUCCCCUUAUAAUCUCUCUCCCUCUCUCUCCCCAACCCCAUUUGUUCUCUCUCUACACCAUGGACGCCUCUACUCUUUCACGCAUAGGCCUAGCCGGUCUAGCCGUGAUGGGUCAGAACUUAGCCCUAAACAUUGCUGAAAAAGGUUUCCCAAUUUCAGUCUACAACAGAACCACCUCCAAAGUCGACGAAACCCUUCACCGUGCCCAAUCCGAAGGCCCAUUUCCUUUAACUGGUCAGUACUCCCCUCGUGAUUUUGUUCUCUCAAUCCAACGCCCCAGAUCCAUCAUUAUCUUGGUCAAAGCUGGAAACCCUGUUGACCAAACGAUUUCUGCUUUGACCGAGUUCAUGGAGCCUGGUGAUACUAUCAUCGAUGGCGGGAAUGAGUGGUAUCAGAAUACUGAGAGGAGGAUUCAAGAAGUGGGAGAUAAAGGGAUUCUUUAUUUGGGUAUGGGGGUUUCGGGUGGAGAAGAAGGUGCACGACAUGGGCCUUCGUUGAUGCCUGGUGGGUCUUUGGAGGCGUAUAAUAAUAUUGAGUCUGUUUUGAAGAGUGUUGCCGCUCAAGUUGAUGAUGGGCCUUGUGUUACGUAUAUUGGUGAAGGGGGUUCUGGCAAUUUUGUUAAAAUGGUUCAUAAUGGGAUUGAGUAUGGAGAUAUGCAGUUGAUUUCGGAAGCCUAUGAUGUUUUGAAGAAUGUUGGUGGGCUUUCUAAUGGCGAAUUAGCUGAGAUUUUCGGGGAGUGGAAUAGAGGGGAGUUGGAGAGUUUUUUGAUUGAGAUUACGAGUGAUAUUUUUAAGGUUAAGGAUGAUUUGGCUGACGGGGAUCUGGUUGAUAAGAUAUUGGAUAAAACUGGAAUGAAAGGGACUGGGAAAUGGACUGUCCAGCAAGCUGCUGAGUUGUCUGUUGCUGCGCCUACAAUUGCUGCUUCGUUGGAUUGUAGGUAUUUGAGUGGGUUGAAGGAGGAGAGGGAGAGUGCGGCCGAGAUUUUGGAAAAAGCUGGCUUGAAGGAGGAAAUGGGGAGUGUUAAGAGUGAGAUUGACAAGAAGAGGUUGAUUGAUGAUGUGAGGCAAGCAUUGUAUGCGUCGAAGAUUUGCAGUUACGCUCAGGGGAUGAAUUUGUUGAGGUCUAAGAGUGUUGAGAAAGGGUGGGAUUUGAAUUUGGGUGAGUUAGCUAGGAUUUGGAAAGGUGGAUGCAUUAUUAGGGCUGUGUUUUUGGAUAGGAUUAAAAAGGCUUACCAGAGGAAUCCUAGCUUGGCUAGUUUAGUUGUGGACCCGGAAUUUGCGAGGGAGAUGGUGCAGAGGCAGGCGGCAUGGAGGAGAGUCGUGGGGCUGGCGAUUUCAGCUGGAAUUAGCACUCCAGGGAUGUGUGCUAGUCUUGCAUAUUUUGAUACUUACAGGCGUGCUAGGCUGCCAGCAAACCUUGUCCAGGCUCAGAGGGACUUGUUUGGGGCUCAUACUUAUGAGAGGACCGAUCGUCCAGGGGCAUUUCAUACUGAGUGGACAAAGCUUGCUCGUAAGAGCAAUGCUGGUUUUGGAGCUUUCAAUUGAGCAUGUUCAUGAGUCGGUUGGCUGUUUGUUUGUUUGUUUCAAUUGGCCGUUGGUAAUGUUUCUCUUUGAACUAUGGUUGUAUGUUUCCUUGAGAGGAUUCGUUGCAGUUAUUGGUUAGCCUCACAGAUUUUACUGUUAAUAAGAAAUGCAUGCCUCUUGAGUUCAGUAAAUUGGUUUUUCAUCUGCAGCAGGCACGAUAGAGUUGAGUUCUGCCUUUUAGAUUUUGCUUAUUUGCUCCUGAAUAAUGUUUCGACCUCUUGUGAGGCUAUUUGAUUUGAAACUUUGUAAUUUGCAUACUUUACGUAAGUAUGUGUAUGUCCUUCUAGAAAUAAACCUGUUCGAAUGCA